GAAAAAACCUAAGUGUUAAGUAGAUCAUGCAACCAAUGCGACAGAAAGAAAACUUAGAACCAUCAAGUCAGCACCCAAUGGGACGGAACGAUUAUGGUUUCCGUAUAGAAGGUUUCAGGUUUCCUGCCCCAUUGCAGUACAGGUGUACGCUUAAAACAAUUCAAUCAUUCAUGAAAGAUGUAAUGCGACUAUCAUUGGGCCAUCUGACCAGAUCUCCAUCUUUAGUUUCCUUGACCUUCUUAAAUGAUAAAAUGAGGAAACAAUGACCCAAAAAACAUGUCCCUAUGAUGUGCUCCCUGCAUUAAAAUUAUUAGGAGGCUCACAGGAAAAUUGUGCUGUCUUGUUGCACCCUUUCUAGCUAAUCUUGAGGUGGCCACCACCAUCAUGGUCUGUAGUGCUCACUUGCACCUCCCCAUGGCUUAUAAUAGCCCAUAAGUGUAUUGUAGAUUGUGCUUGAGCUUGAGCUAAAGACUGUUCUCAUUGGUCUUAGUACCUAAAGGUCUUGGGCUGAGAGUAAUGGGCAAUGAGAUGGGCAACAACAACGUUAUCGGUCAACAAGUACCAGAGGAGAGUGCUAAGGAUUUCGACAAAACCAUGGCCAACGCAGAUUAUUCACAUGAGCUCAGCAACAUAAAUGGUGAGAAAGAUACGGAGAAGGAUGUCACUAAGGAUGUAGAUAUGUCAGAGGUAUUAAAGGUCCCCCUCAUCUCUAGUGGUGGAGAUAAGCAUAUGGCUUCAGAUCAAACAAAAUUGUCGGCAGCGAAUGAAGACUUAGAUGGGAAGAAUAGGGGUUCACCUCAGGAUCACGCAUCAACAGAAGAUGAUGAUGGGAAUAAUUACUUACCUACAGAACAAAAUAAGGAGAAGGAUGGCGCUAAGGAUUUGGAUAUGUCAGAGGUGCUAAAGGCCCCUGUCAUUUCUAAUGGUGGAGAUGAUCAAAUGGCUUCAGAUCAAACAAAAAUCUCUGCUGCAAAUGAAGACUUAGAUGAGAAGAACAGGGGCUCACUUGAGGAUCAUACAUCAACACAAGAUGAUGGAAACAGUAACUUAUCUACAGAACAAGGUGAUGAAACACAGGAGGACAGUGGAACUGAAACAGCCACAAAUUCUGCAGAAACAGUUGCCCAUGUCGGCACCACAACUGAAGAUAUAACAAGCAACAAGGAUACUUCAUCAGCUAAUGAGCAAUUCACACAACUUGAACACGAAACUACAGAGAAAAAUGAAGAAAAUACCACUGCAAAUCCCGCCAUGUUGUUAGAGGAAAGCAUUGAAGGUCUGCCAGAAGACGAGGAGGAAUCUUGUAGUCAAGAAGUUGCAGGGGCGAGUGAUAAUCUAGUUGGAGGAGAUACAGUUGAAAACCUAGAAGGACAAACCGGAGUGUCAACAGUGGUGGGUGAUAAUCUAGUUGGAGAGACUACAUCAUCAACUGAAUCAAUUAUCAGUGGUUAUCUUGCUGACGAGAGUAAGGAGGUUGUCGUCGAAGAUGAGCCUAGAGAAAGAGAAAAUUCGUCAUAUGUAAAACCAGAAGGCGACACCAACCAAGAAACAUUCAAGAAUGAAGAGAAGCAAGAAAUCUGUGAGAUAGGCAAAAACAAUACCUGCAAAACUAUAACAGAAGAUACUGUGGUUGAAAGCGCUGAAGUGCUAGAAGAAGACAAGAAGAUCCAAGGAUUGGAAAAUCAGGAGGAAGAAUUCCCCAAAUGUAAUAAAUAUGGUGCUCCCGAUAUUGUUGAAGCCGUUUCCCAGUUUCAGUCAACUUUAGCACACCCCAGUGCAGCAAGUGGCAAAGAAUUUCAGAAACAUGAACUGAGUAUAGCAGAACAGAUGUUAGAUUCUGUAAGUGUAGCAAUGGAGCACAAUGUAAUUAAAACAGCAGAGAAAGAGCAAGGGGGAAUUAUUGAAAGGGAUGUUGCAGACAAGAAUGAAGAAGAUAAUUUUGAAGGGGAUCAGAAAUCUGAUGGUAUGUCAGAGGUGUUAAAGGACCCUAUCAUUUCUAAUGGUGGAAAUGAUCAAAUAGCUUCAGAUCAAACAAAAAUCUCUGCUGCAAAUGAAGACUUAGAUGAGAAGAACAGGGACUCACUUCAGGAUCAUACAUCAAUACAAGAUGAUGAUGGAAAUAGUAACCUACCUACAGAACAAGGUGAUGAAUCACAAGAGGGCAGUGGAACUGAAACAACCACAGAUGGUACAGAAAAAGUUGCCGCUGUCGACACCACUACUGAAGACAUGACAAGUGGCAAUGAUACAUCAUUAUCUGAUGAGCAAUUCAAACAAGUUGUACACGAAAUGACAGAGACAAGUGAAGAAAGUACCAUACCAAAUCCCCUCACAUUGUUAGAGGGAAUUAUUGAAAGUGCGCCACAAGAUGGGGAGGAAUAUUGCAGUCAAGAAGCUGCAGUGGUGGAUGAUAAUCUAGUUGGAGAAGAUACAGUUGAAAGCCUAGAAGAAAGACAAACUGGAGUGUCAGCAGUAGAGGAUCUAUGGACACCAUCCUCGGUACAAGGAGCGACUACAUCAUCAACUGAAUCAAUUAUCACUGAUCAUCUUGAUGAUGAGACUAAGGAGGUUGUCCUCGAAGAUGAGCCUAGAGAAAGAGAAAAUUCAUCACAUGUACGACCAGAAGAUGACACCAACCAAGAAACAUCCAAGAAAGAAGAGAAGCAAGAAAUCUGUGAAAUGGGCAACAACAAUUCCUGCAAAACCAUAACAGUAGAUACUGUGAUUGAAAAUGAUGAGGUGCUAGAAGAAGACGAGAAGAUCCAAGGAUUGGAAAAUCAGCAGGAAGAAUUUCCCAAAUGUAGCGCAUAUGGUGCUCUCGACAUUGUUGAAGCUGUUUCCCAAUUUCAGUCAGCUUUAGCAGAUCCCAGUGCAACAAAUAGCAAAGAACUUCAGAAACAUGAACUGAGUAUAGCAGAACAGAUGUCAGAUUCUGUAAGUGCAGCAAUGGAGCACAAUGUAAUUGAAACAGCAGAGAAAGAGCAAGGGGGAAUUGUCAACAAAGAUGUUGCAGACAAGAAUGAAGAAGAUAAUUUUGAAGGGGAUAAGAAAUCUGAUGGUAUCCAUGACUCUCUUGGUCUUGCCAAGGUCCACGGAGAAGAUUUUACAGGUUUAGGCCCACCAUUAUCUGGCCCUCUUCCUAUUUUGAAUGAAGAAAAGGUACAUGAAGAAGUCAUCAUAGAAGAAUUAGCUGCACCAAUGACUGCAACAUCACAUGCUCUUCAACCAGUAGAAGAUUUUGUCAAGGAAGAUAUUAAACCUGAUAGUUCGGAUAGUAAUGAAGGAGCCACCACCUCCACAUGUGAAGCAAAGGCUAUAGAUACACAAGAAACCAUGAACAGCUCACAGUGUGAUCAGCCUCAACCGUUACUGCUUGAAGAACCUGAAGUUGUCAAGUUUGAAAACAGUGAGACUCUGAGCACCUGCAUGAAGCCGGUGGAAUGCAGUUCAGCGACAGACUUGAUCUUCCCUAAUUUAUUCAACAAGGAGAGACAAGGCACAUCUGAUAAAGCCACAUGUUUUACUUCUGAAUCCAAUCAGGAGAAAGUCACAGGGACUGUAGGCUUUGCUGUUGAAUCGGAACAGAAGAAAGUUAUUGCAAAUGCUGAUGAUUCUAGUGAGGAACAGUGUCUGCUUCAGAAACCAACUCUAGGGACAGAUGUGGGUGAAGAGACUCCAUUACUUCUGAGUACAGAAAGCAUCAACUCUUUAAGUUAUUCUAGUGAACAGCACAGCAAAGUAGUCAAGGACAUCCCCAUGACCAACAUCACUCUGAUGCAAGCCAAAGAUGAAGCUGUGGAAGAAUCUGAGAAGAGUCCACUGUUGAGCCCUAGGGAGCCAUCAGAAGGAGCCUUCAGAGCGCCAAAUCACUCUGCAAGAAACAAUAAACCACUUUGUAGCUUAAUGACGGAGGACGGCGUUGGAACGUGGUCACCAUUGAAGGAACAAGAACCGGUUCAAAAGAACAGCACCACGGUUUGA